GACAGACACCAGUGACCCACCGCCCAGGAACCAACAGACCGCCCAGUUCAUCGUGGGCCCGGCCCACUCAUUGUGACUCUGCUUCCUGGAAAUGCCAUAAAACAGACACGUGCCCCAGACAGGAAGCAAAGGUGGCUUCCUCCCGAUCUCCACCCCCUUCGUUGUUCUGGGGACCCCUCUCUGGGAAGGGGCAGGAAGGAGCAGAUGGGAGUGGCGGCUAUUGGUUAUCCCUAUUUGCCUCUCUGGACUUCAGUUUCACAGCCAAUAAAUGGAAGAAUGAAAGGUGGGGAGGAGAGAAGGGCGACGGCCCAGAAAAAACUUUGAUAUCCCUCCAACGUUCAGAGGAAAUUCGGUGGAAAGGGCAGGAGUUUUCCAGUCAGAGGAACCUGGGCUCAAAUCUCGUCUCCAACAUGAAAGAAACCUGUGUGAGCAAAGGCAGCUCCUGUCCCAGAGCCUCCUCUAUAAAAUGAAGGCGUUAGACUGAAUGGCUCCGAGGUCCCCCCUGUGAGCCCUCGAUGUUCCCAGGUCCCUUUUUAGUUCAAAUACUCCCUGUUCCAAGACCCUUCCCAGCCUUGACAUCCCUUGUUCUACGACUCCUCCUAACUCUGACAUUCCCUAUUCUAAGGCUAUUCCCAGCCCGGACAUUUCCUGUUCUAAGGCCUCUCCCAGCCCUGACAUCCCCUGUUCUAAGACCUCUCCCAAUUCUGACAUUCCCUGUUCUAAAGCCUCUCCUAGUCCAGAUAUUCCUUGUACUAGAGGUCCCAGUGCUGACAUUCCCUGACACAUCCCAUGUUCUAAGACCUCCUCAGUGCUGACAUUUUGAGACUCAUAGACUUUAAACUGGAAGAGGCCUGAGGAAUAAUUUAAUCCAAAUCCCUAAUUUUCCAGAGGAAGAAACUGAGACCCAGAGAGAACUUUAAACUUUGUGAAGAGCUUUUCAAUCAUGAUCUCAUUUGAUCCUGACAACACACUUGGGAGGUAGGUGCUAUUAUUAACACCCCCAUUUUACAGAUAAGGACACCGAGGCAUAAAGAAGUCAGUUGACUUGUUGGAGGAAAGGGUCAUACAGCUAAGCAGAUCUCUGAGGUCAGAUUCAUACUCAGGUCCUCCUGAUCCUUGUGCCAGCUUGCUGCCAAAGUUCAUGCUAGAGGCAAAUCCUGGAAUUGAAACCAGAUCCUCUGGCUCUACAUAUGGCCCUCAUCUUUUAAACUAUAUCAAGUUAGUGUGACCCUGAGUAAGUCACUUAACUCCAAUUGCCUCAGCCAACCCCCCCCCAAAAAAAAAACAACUCUAUCAUGUUGUCCCUCAUUGUGUGAUCUAAAUGAGCAUGAUCUAUGACACCCUAUAAAUCUAAGAUCCUGCCAAUGUUCAAUAUUCUAUGUGUUCAUAUUCUUCCCUCUUAAAUUUUUAAUUUAAUUUUUUUUUCAGUGAACAGAAAUCUACUUUAUCUUCUCACUCCUGUCUAAUUUGGGGAAAAGAAAAAAAAGAAAAACCCUAAGAUCUUUAUAAUAAAUGAAUAUAGAUAAGAAAAAAAAUCCCCACAUUGGCCAAGUUAAAAAAAAAAAAAAGCUUCCAUUUGUCCUGGGUCCCUCCCCUUUUGUCAGAGACAGACCAGCGUGCUUCAUAUGAACGUGGGUGAUUGUAAGAUCGACCGGAAUUCUUUCUAAGUCGAUGGUCUUCACAACAUUGUUGUUAUUGUGGAAAUCGCUCUGGUUCCACUCCCUUCAUCUGAAUCGGUUCAUACAAAUCUUCUUCGACUUCUCCGAAGCCGUCUCUUCGUUUCUUGCGGUAUUUUAUUACGUUCGACUAUAUCUUUGGCCGUUUCUCGAUCGACAGGUCCCGCCUCGGUUUCUAUUUUGUCAUUCCCACCAAAAAGAGCUCCUCCCACUAAUUUUCUACCACCCUUUUCUUCUCUCUUGGGUCUCUUUGUGGAGUAGGAGAGAUCCUGCUCUGGAGGUUCCAAAGUAUUCGUGGUUUAAUUGUUUUGUGGGCAGAGUUCCAAAUGACUUUCCAGAAUAACUGGUUCAGUUCACAGCUCCGCCGAUAGUGCAUUAAUGCCUUUUCUCUAAGAGUCUAGGCUCAGUGUGUUCCCCUCUCCCAGUCCCUCGGCAUAGGAUUCUCUUUCACAGUUCCCAGAGUGACCUAGUUCAGACUGGUAGCAAUAAAGUGGUGGUGGGAGGCGGGGGGGGGGGGGGGGGACAGAGACUGUCCCAGGUGAAGGAACCACUCAGCACUCACUGUAUAACCUGGGGAUGCUGAUAUGGUGGGAAGGACAGUUUGGCUUUUUCCUCCCAGACUCCCAUUUGAGAACAGGGUGGGAUUUUUCGCUCUGUCUGGGAGCUGGCAGCAGGUCAGCCCCUGUGCAUCAGCUGCCUGGUUCUUGGCCAGGGAAUUCCAGAGGCAAGGGAACCAAUGGGGCUGAUGCACAAUCCUCCAUCUCUCCGGCUAGCAGCUGGAGGCAGCCAGGGCUCCGUUCUCUCCCAACACACGGCAGGAGCCCGUAGGCUUGCCGCUCUCCUCUCUCAGCCCUCCUCCCCCAGAGGUGGAGAGCCAGACCCGAGCCCUUCCGGGGAAGUUUUGUCCUGACUGGAGCUGGAGAGAAUGGCCACCGAUGACUACAACUUCACCGAUGGCUACUACGACUAUGAGGGUGACGGGUUCGUCAUCGCUCCCGAAGAGUCAACCCCCAAUGACGAUGGGGUCGCCAGGAUCUUCCUGGUGGUGGUCUACAGCUUAGUCUGCAUCCUGGGACUCUUGGGGAAUGGCCUGGUCAUCGUGAUCACCACCUUCAAGAUGAAAAAAACUGUAAACACGGUCUGGUUUCUCAACCUAGCCGUGGCAGACUUUUUGUUCAACGUCUUCCUCCCGAUUCACAUCGUCAAUGCUGCCAUGGACUACCACUGGGUUUUUGGGAAGGUCAUGUGCAAGAUCAGCCACUUUGUGGUGGUCUAUAACAUGUACACCAGCGUCUUCCUUCUCACCACCAUCAGCUUUGACCGUUGCGUCUCGGUCAUCUUCCCGGUGUGGUCCCAGAACCACCGGAGCAUCCGGUUAGCCUCCAUCGCCUGUAUAGCCAUCUGGACCUUGGCCUUCUUCUUGGGUUCCCCAUUCUUGGUCUUCCGGGACACGACUACGCAUCAAGGCAAAGUCGUCUGCUUCAACAACUUCAGCCUGUCGGCCAACGUCUCCCACCCCCACCACCCCCAUUUGGUCCAGGACUCGGUGGCGUACACGAGGCACGUGAUGGUGACCGUCACCCGGUUCCUGUGCGGAUUCAUCCUCCCCGUGUUCAUCAUCACGGUGUGCUACCUCAUCAUCGUCUGCAAGCUGAAGCGAAACAGGCUGGCUAAAUCCAAGAAACCGUUUAAAAUCAUCAUGACCAUCAUCAUCACCUUCUUCCUCUGCUGGUGUCCUUACCAUACCCUGUACCUGCUGGAGCUCCACCACAUCUCGGUGCCGGCCUCUGUUUUCAGUCUGGGGCUGCCACUGGCCACGGCCCUUGCCAUCUCCAACAGCUGCAUGAAUCCCAUUCUGUACGUCUUCAUGGGCCAGGACUUCAAGAAGUUCAAGGUGACCAUCUUCUCCAGGCUGGUCAACGCCUUGAGCGAGGAUACGACGGCUCACUCUUCCUUCAUGAGUCACAGGAGCAUCACUAAGAUGUCCUCGGUGAACGAGAGGUCCUCGGUGAACGAGAGAGAAACGGGUAUGCUUUGAGUCUCACCUCAGGACCUCCUAGUGUCCCCAGAGACGGGCACCUCCCUUUGGGUCAAGCCGGGGCAAGAACGUAUCUGGCUACCCCACUGCCGUCAAGGUCGGUGAAUCCCUGUUAGCCGGCGGCUCAUCAGAUCUGACCCUUUGAUCCCAAAGGGAUGGACUUUAGCUCCCUGAAUCCAGAGCCUUGGUUGGCUGGCUUGCUACUUUGUCUCUCCUCUCUGUGGCUAAUAUAGUAGAAUAAAGAAACUUGUCAUGAGCUGGUAAUGAUCUUAUGUCAAGAUAAAAAUGACGUGGAAAUCAUCUUUACAAGAUGGGGAACGUGAUGGCAAAACCCAGGACUAGAACUCAGAUCUGUCCAAGUCCCGGACAUUGCCCGCCCAUGAAUACAGCCUCCUUUGGGGAAUCAUGAGUUUUCUCCAAGUCUUAAAUGAGAAAGGGGCCAAAGAAAGAAGGAGGACAAUUCCAGAGAAAAGGCUCCACAAAACUCUAUCGUGGGAUUUGAUUGGGUGCUUUAAAUGCUUCCAGGGAAGGGUGCUUCUUCAGAGCCAUUAUGAUGAGUAUAUUGUGGACUCUUCCCUCCUUAGGAGUGACCCAGUGAUUUUAUCCCCAGCACUGACCUAUGUAUAGGCAGCUUAACCUAUGUUAAAGGCACUAUGCUCCCCUUCUUCCCCCUCUCUCCUGCCUGACGCAUUGCCAGACAUUUACAAAGCAGAAUGGAAGCUCCCCGAGGGCAAGGCUUGUUUCAUUUCUGUUUACUGGGUACAGUGCCCAGCAUGUUGUUAGUGUUUAAGGAAUGUAUACUGAAUUGAAUUAUUCCAUCAAAAACCAUAGAAUCUCAGUGGCUGAGAAAAGUAUUUAGGAGCACAGGAUUUUAAAGCUGGUAGGUACCACCAUUCAUCCAUCUAUUUUUCAUUCAACAAACCCAUCAAGUUCAAUUGCCUUUUUUUUUUUUUUUUACAGAUAAAGAAACUGAGGUCCAUUGAUUUCCCCAAAAUCAUACUAGUAGUAAGUGGCAGAGCAAGGUCUUUUGACUCCAAAUCAAGACUUUUUUCACUAUAGAUUACCUUAAUCCAAUCCAUUCUGGUUUUUUUUUUUUUUUUUUUUUUUUGGCUAAGGCAUUUGGGGUUAAGUGACUUGCCCAGGGUCACACACACUAGGAAGUGUUAAGUGUCUGAGGCUAGAUUUGCAGAUUUUCUCUAACCACUGUACCACCUGGCUGCCCCCUCCAAUCCAUUCUUAAUGAAUAAACAGCUUCCUUUGUCUUUAGAAGACCCCUAUUGAAUCAUGGAUAUGUUUCCUGGUUAAGGGAACACAAUAAUGCAGAGGCACCCACUGGCAACAUAGACUGAUUUCUUUUUUGUUGUUGUUGUUUGGUUUUGAUUUCUAUUUUUUUUUUUUGAGAGGCAAUUGGGGUUAAGUGACUUGCUCAGAGUCACAAAGCUAGUUAAGUGUCUGAAGUUGGAUUUGAACUUAGAUCCUCCUGGACUUCAGGACUUAUGCUUAAUCCACUGUGCCGUCUAGCUGCCCCGACACAGACUGAUUUGAAAAGUAAGACCGCAGCUCAGAGUGACAGGAUCUGGGGUGGUGAUGGUGGGGACACACACUGGUGUGGGGAGAGGAAGAAGAGGGGAAAGGAAGAGAGGAGAACUUUAGGACCUGACCCCACAGAGUCGGGGUGGAGGCCCACGUUGGAGGAAGUACCUGGGCCAACUAUGUCAGGGAUCUCUAUGUGAGAGUUUUGUGUUCCACACAGAGGGGGGUUGAGAGUGCUCAGGUAUUGUGAGAGAGCAGGCACAGCAUCUUUGCCAACUCCCAACUUAGCUGUGGGCUGACUGUUUCCUCUGGUCCAGAGCCCAGGAAUCUGGCCCAGCAGUGUCUUUUCCUGGGAUGAGGAGGUCACAGAACCACUGAGAUGUCAUCUUGCCCAAGCUCUGCCUCACUGAGAAUCAUCUCUGUAUUAUUAAGGACAAAUUGCCACGUGGCCAUUGCUGGAGAAGUUUUGGGAUUGGCGUGCCCCCCAGCUCCUGAGGUUGCCCCCCAGCUCCUGAGGUCGCCCCCCAGCUCCUGAGGUCGCCCUCUCUCCUUGCAGAGACCUAGCCCACAUUUUUUUUUUCAUUGACUCAACUCUCUGGGCUUCUUUUCCCCUCCCUCCCACCUCCACUUUCCGGUUUCCUGAUACGAGUUCUCUUCUUGUUCCUUCAUUGGAUGCCUUCUAGCUUAUCUGUGUUUCUUAAAACGAGAUGCCCGGUUCUCCCGGAACCUCCCCCACCUGUCCAGAAUAGAUUAACCAUUUACCUGAGGAGCCUGAGUGUGACAGCUAGAACACAGCCCCCACGUUGCCUCAAAUAACCAUUGCUCACACCCCUGCUGACUCAGUGACUUACUCCCUGCCUGACAUCUUCCUAAAAUAACCCUAGUUCCUUUUUUUUUCCUCUUUUGGUUUCUUCAAAAUUUCAACUUGCGACUCUGACUGGUCCGAGAGAGAAAAAGCUGAAAUGUUUUGACAAGCAGGAAUAAAAAUACUAUUAAGAAUAAUCCACCAAGAAUCCUGGCGAUUGCUCCAGGAAAGGGGAUUAUAGAUUCAUAGUGAAAAGGAACUUCAGAAGCUGUUUAGCCCAGUCCUCUCAUUUUACAGAUGAGGAAACUGAGAUUGAUGGAAGUGACUUUCCUAAGGUCACACAGUAAUUAUCUUUCUCCAGAGGAAUCAGUGACAUAUUGCUCCCUUAUGCUUUCCCUGGGUUCAAAAAUUGGCUAUCACUAAUUUACCCCAAUAUGGAAGGUCAUAUUUUGUACACAGAAUCAAGAGAACAAAAGAAAGCCUUUCCAUCACUUUGGGGGUAUCUCUUGUUUCCAAGAGGACGUGGAUGAGAGUCUCAUAGAAUGGGCAGCCAUACGUGGGUCGCUAUCUUCAUAAUGGGAAGGAGUACAUAUAUUACCGAGUAUUGGAAUGGUCAUUGUUUGAAAGACUCGGAGAUGACUGAAAAUAUAGAAAUUCUCUAAUCUAAUUUCCUUCGUUUUAUGAAUAAGGAAAUGGAAGCCUAGAAAAAACUUGACCUAUUCAAGGUUACAUGAUUAGUUAGUUGAGCUGGGAAUCCAACCAAGGUGCUCUGACUGCUAAUGACAAUCACAGAAAGAAAACUCCCCCCGUCCCCUCCGGGGAUCAUAGAGACCACAUUAUUACCAAGGAGAACAAGAAAAUUGUCUACUUUUUAAUAAUAAAUCAUGAUUGUUCAUCAACCCCAAAUUAAUUUUGUAUUGACUUUACAAUUAGUUUCAAAAACCAUUAGAGCCAAUGAAGAAAAUCCAUUUAGAUGAUAGUUUCCUUUCUCUAGGCUUGUGGGAAACCAAAGCCCACACUCCUGCGUCUUGCUAUUCCUUUUACUUAAAGUCAGCAGAAUAUUGUGGAGAAACAUCCCGGACCAGGGCUCUGGAGAAACUAAUCCCUUCUUGGGUGACUGAUUCGUUAUGAGACCCAAGGAAAUUGUUAAUUCUCUGGGGAUCUCGACUUUCUUCUUGGUCAAAUGGGAAUGACAGGAGGGUCGUAGUGACAUUGGGAAGGUGUAGGGAGAGAGAAGCCUGAGGGAGGCAUUAUAAACUUAAAAGAAUGCUGGGAAAAUAUUCUCCCCAUUUCAUUCCCUGAAGAGAACUUACCACCUUUGGAAGCCGGUGACUGGGAAGGAAGGGGCUCUGACCUGGGCGACAGGAACUCUGAACUCUAAUGGUGAACUCUGCUAUCAACAUUGUGUGAUCUUGGGCAAGUUAAUAAUUUAAUAAAUGUUUGUCAGUAACUUCAACAAAUUUAUAAAUAAUUUCAAUAAGCAAUAAUAAAUAAAUAAUUCAAUAAACAUUUAUUAAACUCUUA